GUGUAAUUACAAUACUAUCCCCUUUUCUCUAUACCUCACUAUCUUCUUCCCUAAAAGGCUUAAACCCUCUAUUUCCUUCUUCUCUGCCCAACUCCUAAAACGGAGAGAGACUGAUUUUUCAGUGUCUUGAGGACUUUUAUUUAUUUAGGACUUCACAACAAAACAAAUCUAGCUGCACAUGGAAGUUUGCCCAGACUGUGGAAUGUUGUUGCAAUAUGAGUUGCCUCAUAUGGACCGUCCAGCCAGAUUCUUUUGCCCUGCAUGCCCUUAUGUAUGUAACUUAGAGAACCGGAUUAAGAUGAAGAGAAGGCAGCCUUUGGUUAAGAAACAAAUGGAUCCAGUGAUUUCGACAGAAGACAUGGAUAAUGCUUCGACUGCUGAAGUUCCGUGUCCUGCGUGUGGUUACAGGGAAGCAGCAUAUUAUCAAGUGCAGAUAAGGUCAGCAGAUGAACCUAUGACUACAUUUUACAAAUGCAAGAACAAGCUAUGUGGAAACAAUUGGAGAGAAGACUGAAAUGGUUUAAGAAAGAGCAGUGUAUUCUUCAAUAGUUUCUUGGUACCAUUUCUCGGUUUGUGCGUAUCAUCCUAGCACAGGCAGAGACCAUGUUGAUCUUGUCUGUAUCGUUCCAAUUUUAUUGAAUGUCCAUAGAGGGAUCUGUGUUCUGCAAAAGUUGUGUGCUCUUUAAUUUGAACUUAUGAAAUUUUGUCAGAGUGGUAUCUUCUGUCUAGUGCCAAUUUUUUUUGAGAUAGAGUUACUCGGUACUUGUGCAAAAAGUAUCGUAGCGAAGGCAAAACAGGAGAUGAUUUCUUUCUAUUUGUCUAGGCUUAGUGGAUGAAGUUACUUAAUACUCGUUUGUAUAAAAGCUAGUAGACACCUCUGAAAUUAGUCGAGGUGUAUUCAAGCUAGUUCGAAUAUUGUAUUUAUCGAAAGUUAAAAAGAUUGUGACACUGA